UUCCAGCCAGUGAGUGGUGCAUCCGGGACUUUGGGCCUCGAACUCGGAGAAGGUCACAGCUGACCUGACGACUCGCACCGCAACACGCGGAAUUCUUGCUGGGACGGCGGCGGGAAAGGACGACGACAAACUACCGAAAAAGUCAUGGCAGCACGAAAGGUGUGUGAGGGUUUCGGAGUGGGGGGAUUCGGAUACCAUCAGAUGCCAGUGAACCAGCCUAUGACAGAAGCAGAGAUGAACAUAAGCACCAACACCAGUAGUACCAACUUGAAGGACAAGCGCUCUCGCAUCUUUAUUGGUAAUCUGAACACCUUCAGGGUGACCAAAGCUGAUGUAGAGGAAAUCUUCUCUUAUUACGGCUACAUCAAGGGCUGCUCCGUCCACAAGGGCUAUGCCUUUGUCCAGUACACCAAUGAGGCUGAUGCAAGGGCAGCAGCAACCAGUGAAGAUGGCCGUAUGUUGGCUGGGCAGGUUCUAGAUGUGAACAUUGCCUCGGAGCCAAAACCUAACCAGAAGCCACCUGGCCAAGGGCCCACAAAGAGAGGAGCUCCAUCCACCAACUGGGGCAGUGGUGUUGGGAUGGACUUCCAGAGUGAUCCAAACUACACCGGGUUUGACCAGCCUCCCCCACUGAUGGGUGGUCCACCUGCCAAGAGGCCGCGCCCAGGGAUGAUGGGCAAACCCAAAAUGGGCACACAGAACAGGCCAAAGGCACUCGCCUCUGUGGCAGCAGCAGCCACGGGCGUGCCAAGCAUAUCAGGGUCCACAGACAUCCUCAUUUGUGGCAUGUGCAAACAGGUCUUCAACAACAUGGCAGUCCUGCAGGCCCACAAGACACAGGGCUGCCAGCUCAAGUUUGUCUGCAAGUGCAGCGAGCUGGCAGGGGAGUUGACAGGCCCAGCCAAGCCCGCGUCUUGGGUGUGCAUCUUGUGCCAAGAGACAUUUGAGGGAGCCUGGCCCCUGAUGUACCAUGCACAGACACAGCACGGCACCACCAUCUUCCAGGACAACCCUGAGGUGAAGGAGGAGGAGGAGGAACAGAAGGAGGAGUCUGCCCAGAAUUCACAGAACGGAAACGGGGAGGAGGAACAGCAGACAGCUAUUGAAGAGCAGAACUGAUGCCUCCUUGCAGAUCUUGACUGAAAGACAGCCCUAACCUAGCACACCCUGCAUCGGCCGAUGGAUAUGAUUCACAGGGGACAAAAGGCUCUUAUUGUUUCACCCAGCGAGGAGGCCAUAGAUUAUUGCUAUACUUUAGAUUUGUUACAUUUAGUCCUCUGCAGCUGCAUGUUAUGGUUUCUGCUGUUAAGUGUGGUAUUAUAAUAGUAAAUCUAAUUUGCUUAUUAUUGGCUUAACAAAUUCUGCAGAAAAAUUUUUAAAUAGAUAUGUGCUGUUGGUAUAAUCACCAAAUGACUUUUUGUGGAAUAUAUGUUCAGCACUGGAGGGUUAUUUGCCAUAAAGUCAUUUUGUUAAGUAGGUUUUGGAGAUUCUCAACAGUAUUGUAUGACUCGUAUGUUUGUUUAAAGAAAUUUGCUCUAUAUCUUUGUCAAGUGCAUACAUUACCACUGACAGAAAUGGAAUUUUAGCAUGCCUUUGUACCACCAAUCAGCAUUGUGACCACAUUAUUGGUCUGUGGUAUUUCUUUCCAACAAAAUGAACAGGAAGCAAACAUUCUUUCCUUCAUUUUAAUGGGUGGGCCAGAAUCCAAACAAACAGAUUUCAAAGCAGCUUGCUAAAUUUUGCUCAGUCUCCUGCUACCAGGCAUUAAGAUAUCUCUCACUACCACACAACAAAACUGCUGUGCACCACACUAUUUAGCCACUGACUUCUUUUUAAAUUAACUGAAUAAAGCACAUUUGGAUUGCUUCAGCAGUAUGGUCUUAAACAGAAUGGGUCCAUUUAAUUUGAUAGUAUUUGUCUGUACGACAAGUCAACAACUGUAAACUUUUUAUCAAUACAAACAAAGUAGAUGAGUGACUGGGCUUGGAAUCAUCAAGUCCUUCCAGUACCCUGGGUAGUAUUUUUACACCUACCAUUCUCUAGUACAAGAAAUGACUGUUGGACGGCUUCAGCAGAGUAGAAAGAACUCCUGUAGAUUGUCACAGAUUUAUACAUACUGUUUAAAAAAAUCAUGUAAAUUAAAAUAGAAUAUUAGUACAUGGUGGGUAGAUGGUCUCAAAGCCACCAGGUUUUACACUCAAUGUGACCACUAAUGUUUUGACCUCUGCCACUAAAUGUCUUUGAUGUUUUUACUGUCUCCUGAUUGUAUAGGCACAAGGAUCUUCACAGAAACAGGUGUCAGUGAAAAUGUACUCGUGUUUAUCUCAAUAAAGACCUAUUU